CUCCUAAGUUCCACUCACCCAUACAGUAAUUGACGACCCGCACCCACUUUUCCCUUCAACAACCCUCUUCUGUACAGGGCCUCAUCGUCCGCUUGAUCAAUUCCAAUCAUUUUGGCGCCUGGACGGCGGCCUGCUUGCUCACUUGUCUAGGUUCUUGUCUUCCCGACGCACAAUGGCGCCUGCGGAGGCGCUCACAGUCCCGAUUGAGGAACACGGGCUUUCCGUGCGCAAUUCCCCUUCGCCCAAUCGAUCACGAAAAACCUGGCAUCCGCGAGUGCCCUUUGCGUCCCCCAACAACAGCAGGAACGGGACUGACGAGCGCCAUCACUCAGAUGCUGAGGAACCGGCGCGAUCUGUUCGCUCGUCCAAAAGCGUAUGGUGGAAGACAAAGCUGUUUAGUGGAAUGGUGAAUGAUAUACGAAGGAGGACACCGUUUUAUUGGAGCGAUUGGAAGGAUGCUUGGGAUUAUCGCGUUGUUCCUGCGACCGUAUAUAUGUACUUUGCAAAUAUUUUGCCUGCUCUUGCAUUUUCUCUGGACAUGUUCGAAAAGACAAACCGAAGUUUCGGCGUCAAUGAAGUUUUGCUAGCUUCCGUAUUUGCUGCUGUAGUAUUCUCCAUAGCAGCUGCCCAGCCGCUUGUAAUCGUCGGUGUUACAGGUCCCAUCACCGUGUUCAAUUAUACCGUGUACAACAUGAUUACACCACGCGGCACCAACUAUUUCGCCUUCAUGGCGUGGAUAGGUAUAUGGGCCGCUAUAAUGCACUGGAUUCUUGCGAUCACGAACUCCUGUAACUUGCUCCGAUAUGUUACCCGAUUCUCAUGUGACAUUUUCGGCUUCUACGUCGCCUUCAUAUACAUCCAAAAGGGCAUCCAAGUGCUCACCCUGCAAUGGGAAGUCAGUGAUGCUUCUGCCUACUUGUCCAUAUCCAUCGCCUUGAUGGUCUUCAUGGUGGCAUACAUCGCUGCUAUUACCGGACAUUCAAACCUGUUCCAGCGGGAUAUCCGCAAAUUCAUCGAGGACUACGGCACGCCUCUCACGGUUAUCUUCUUUACUGGUUUUGUUCACAUCGGCAAGAUGCGCGACAUUGAGCUACUUACGCUUCCAACCAGCAAAGCCUUCUUCCCAACGGCUGACCGGGGCUGGUUCAUCCACUUCUGGGACAUAAGUGUUGGCGACGUCUUCCUCGCUCUGCCCUUCGCCCUUCUCCUCACAAUUCUCUUCUGGUUUGACCACAAUGUCUCCUCUCUCAUCGCCCAAGGAACCGAAUUUCCCCUCCGUAAGCCCGCCGGCUUCCACUGGGACAUCUUCCUGCUUGGUCUCACAACCGGCGUCUCCGGCCUCCUCGGUAUCCCCUUCCCCAAUGGACUCAUCCCACAAGCGCCCUUCCACACAAACUCUCUAUGCGUCACUCGCACAGUCUCCGACUCGGACGACGAAGUUAACAAAGGCCACACGCGCCGCGUUGUCGACCACGUCGUCGAACAGCGCGUGUCCAACCUAGCCCAAGGCCUCCUCACUCUAGGCACCAUGACGGGCCCCCUUCUCAUCGUGCUCCACCUCAUUCCACAAGCCGUGCUUGCGGGUCUCUUCUUCGUCAUGGGCAUCCAAGCACUCGAGGCCAACGGCAUAACGCUCAAGAUCCUCUUCCUCGCACAAGACAGACAUCUCACGCCGAAGUCCGACCCGCUCCUGCGCAUCGAGCGCCGCAUCGCCGUUUGGGCCUUCGUCGCGCUGGAACUCAUCGGCUUCGGCGCUACGUUCGCCAUCACGCAGACCGUAGCGGCAAUAGGGUUUCCCGUCUUCAUCUUGCUUUAUAUCCCGCUCCGGACGUGGGUUAUGCCGCGUUGGUUUACGCAGCAGGAGUUGAGCAUUUUGGACGCGCCUACCGCGAGUCCUUUUACUAUGGAGAGUGUUGGGGGCAAUUACGAGGAGGUGGAUGAGGGGAUUGGGAGUGGGAGUGGGGAAAGGACACCAGCGCCGGGGCAGGAAGGGUUUCGUAGGAGUGGGGAGGUAGAGAGGGGGCUGGCUGGGGUUGUUUUUGAGGAAGGCAGGCGGAAUGCGGAGGGGACGAGUCGGAGGAGGGCGAGUAUGAGGACUCCGGAGACGCUGGAGUUGGAUAAUAUGACGAAGGGUUGAAAGGAUGUGGAGUCAAGUAACAACGUAACAAGGGAUCACGCAGAAAUGUGUUGCCACAUGUUACAUGUAUUUGGCGACUG